AUGAUGGCGCUCCAAACAGUUGCAAUCGCCGUGAUCACGGUUGUCUAUCUCAUCAUUCGAUAUUUCAACCGGACCGAUGUCCCCAAGAUCAAAGGCCUUCCAGAGAUUCCCGGUGUGCCCAUCUUCGGCAACCUGCUGCAAUUAGGCGACCAGCAUGCCACGGUCGCAGGGAAAUGGGCCAAAAAGUACGGUCCGGUCUUCCAAGUCCGCAUGGGAAACAAGCGCAUUGUCUUUGCCAACAGCUUUGACUCGGUUCGCCAAUUGUGGAUCAAGGACUCGUCCGCUUUGAUCUCUCGCCCGACCUUCCACACUUUCCACAGCGUCGUCUCCAGCUCCCAGGGCUUCACAGUCGGCACAUCUCCUUGGGAUGAAUCCUGCAAGCAGCGCCGCAAGGCCGCGGCCACCGCGCUCAACCGACCCGCGGUGCAGUCAUACAUGCCCAUUAUUGAUCUUGAAUCCAACACCAGCAUCAAGGAGCUAUACCGCGACAGCCAGAACGGGAAAAUCGACGUCAACCCCACUACCUACUUUCAGCGAUAUGCCCUUAACACCAGUUUGACCCUCAACUACGGCAUCCGGAUUGAGGGUAAUGUGGACGAUGAACUGUUGCACGAGAUUGUCGAUGUGGAGCGUGGCGUGUCCAACUUCCGCAGCACCUCAAACAACUGGCAAGACUAUAUCCCUAUGCUUCGCAUCUUCCCCAAGAUGAACAACGAGGCAGAAGAGUUCCGUGCUCGCCGAGACAAGUAUCUCACUUAUCUGCUCGACAUGCUCAAGGACCAAAUCGCCAAGGGAACUGAUAAGCCCUGCAUCACUGGAAAUAUUCUUAAAGACCCCGAGGCUAAGUUGAAUGAUGCUGAGGUCAAAUCCAUUUGUUUGACUAUGGUAUCUGCCGGUCUCGAUACCGUCCCGGGUAACUUGAUUAUGGGACUCGCCUAUCUGGCAUCUGAAGAUGGCCAGCGCAUUCAGAAGAAGGCCUACGAAGCAAUCAUGGAGGUCUAUCCAGAUGGCGAUGCCUGGGAAAAGUGUUUGGUUGAGGAGAAGGUGCCUUACGUGACAGCUUUGGUCAAGGAAAUUCUUCGAUUUUGGACGGUUAUUCCCAUCUGCUUGCCCCGUGAAAGUACCAAAGAUAUCCAAUGGAAUGGUGCCACUAUCCCUGCUGGUACAACUUUCUUCAUGAAUGCGUGGGCUGCUGAUUACGACGAAGAUCACUUCAAGGAUGCCGACAAGUUUAUUCCUGAGCGCUAUCUGGAUCUCAACGAGGGCUCCGGUACUCCCCACUACGGCUAUGGAGCGGGCUCUCGCAUGUGUGCGGGAUCCCACCUUGCAAACCGAGAGCUUUUCACCGCGUUCAUUCGCCUGAUCACCGCGUUCCACAUGCAUCCAUCCAAAGAAACAUCCGAUCGACCGAUUCUUAAUGCUAUCGACUGCAAUGCCAUCGCUACAGCACUGACAACUGAGCCCAAGCCUUUCAAGGUUGGGUUCACUGCCCGCGAUCCGAAGACGCUUGAGCGGUGGAUCGCGGAGAGUGAUGAGCGCACGAAGGAUCUGUGA